AGUAGGUAGCGGUAGUGCACUUUAAACUCUUGAUUUGCCAAUCGCCAAAGAACCCAAAAGAAAAAGAAAGGAAGCGUGAGCAUCGCUAGCAAGAAGAUGGCGUCGUCAAGAGUACGUUUAUCAACCGUCGGUGGAUUCAUUUUUGAGAACUGCAAAAGAAAUGCGUUCCUGGAAGAAAGAGCAAAUGACGUUUGCUGUAAUUUGCCUAUUCCUCGUAAAACUGGAACGACGAUUUGUGGUGUUGUGUACAAGGAUGGCGUUGUCCUUGGAGCAGACACCAGAGCCACUGAGGGCAUGGUAGUUGCUGACAAGAACUGCUCCAAGAUACAUUAUAUAUCACCCAAUAUUUAUUGUUGUGGAGCAGGAACGGCUGCAGACACAGAAAUUACCACUCAAAUCAUCUCCUCCAAUCUGGAGCUACACGCCCUCUCCACAGGCAGACGACCACGUGUGGCCACUGCUAACCGCAUGUUCAAGCAAAUGCUUUUCAGGUAUCAGGGGUACAUUGGUGCUGCUCUGGUUCUUGGUGGAGUGGACUGUAACGGUCCUCAUCUUUACAGCAUCUACCCUCAUGGCUCUACGGACAAACUUCCAUAUGUCACUAUGGGAUCGGGAUCCCUUGCCGCCAUGGCAGUGUUUGAAGACCGAUACAAACCUGGCAUGGGAGAAGAAGAUGCCAAGUUGCUAGUGCGUGAUGCCAUCGCUGCAGGAAUAUUCAAUGAUCUUGGUUCUGGCAGUAACAUAGAUUUGUGUGUGAUUACCAAUGAGAAGGUGGACUACAUCCGACCUCAUGAUGAAGCCAACAAGAAAGGUUCCAGAACUGGUGACUACAAGUACAAAAGGGGAACCACGAGUGUCUUGACAAAGAUGGUGGUGCCAUUCAACCUGGAAGUGAUGGAGGAAAAUGUGCAAACUAUGGAUACUUCCUAAAUAAUUCUCAGCUUUUUUUUGAACCCUGUUCUUAAAAUUCAAUAAAUUCAGCUUUAUUCA